GAGUUUUUCUUGGCAUGGUACACGAGCUGCAUUUAUGGCGACACCCUCUUGCCGUCUCCCUACGCCCUAUACUUACGUGCAUAGGCAGACAUGCAACCUCAUCUGAACGUUGCAUUAGAGCUUACCCCCCUUGGCCUAUCUACAUAGUACGUCGUAACACUCGACAGGACAGGCAAGGAUGGAAUCCUCUCAUAGUCUUAUGUGCCGGAGCUAUGCCAACUAUGGACCAAGUCUCGUUUCCUACUGAGCUAGUCAAACAACAGCCAUCGAUAUAGAUUCACUGGCAGGAUGGAAGUGCGUGCCAAUAUCGACGAAGACUUGAUACCUCCCCCUACCACCAUAAAUAACACACACAAAGUGUACCGAAUCGCAAUCGUCUGUAUCGUACUCGGUGUCAUAUCGUCCGCCGCCGUUGUGGCCCGGUUGGGUCAAAGAUGGCGCACAAAGGCUCUAGGAGCUGAGGACUAUGCGAUGGUCCCAGCAAUAAUGCUAUUCAUCGGCUGGACCUCGUUAGCUGCAUAUAUGAAUCUUCAGGCUGGGGUCGGAAAGCCCCUUAUGGAGAUCACGGUGGCGGAGUAUGAGAUCUGGUUCCAAGGGAUUAUCACCUCAGCAUGGCUGUAUCCCCUCAUGUCGGCAGCCAUCAGAAUCUCCAUCGUCCUCUUUUACCUUAAGAUGUUCGGCACUCGAGGAAAUCGAUACACGAGAUACUUUCUAUGGACUCUACUGGCCUGCCAGGGCCUCUAUGUCGUCGUUUUCUCCAUCCUCCCGGCGUUCAUAUGCUCGCCCGUCUAUUACUUCUGGCGCCCGAUGGAGCGCUACCUGCACUGCAGCGACUGGUACUACUACUACACGCAGGUCGCGCUGUUCAGCGUCAGUAUGGUCUUCGAUAUUGUGCUGCUCGUCUUUCCGGUGUUCCCCGUGUGGAAGCUUCAGAUGCCGUUGCGGAAACGUGUCGGCGUGGCUACGAUACUCAUGCUCGGCGCCGGAGCCAGCAUAGCGGCGGCGUACAAGCUUGCCGUAUUCGUCUUGCAGAUGGAGCGUUACGUUCCGACAGACCCGACGUGGCUGAAGUACAGCAUGUCCCGUUUCAUCCCGGCACAGUUCGACGAGUACGGGGUCACGUUCUGGAUUCCGACCCAGGUCGAGCCCACAGUCGCUUUGAUCGGGACUUCGAUUCCCGCCCUCUAUCAACUUGCGCAGAAAGCAGUCCCACGCCUUCGAAGCUUCAUCACUUCCAGGUUCUCUGUGACUAACAGCUCGAGCGGGAUAUCAUAUACGCCUAAGCAGAGACAGCCUCAGGGCGGCAAUUUCCACCGGAUGAGCGACUCGCAGGUUGGACUACAGGACCACUCGCAGGACCAAUCAAUCGAGCUCUCGCUGCGGCAAUGAGUAGGGUGUCUCAUGCUUUUUUUUUAUUUUUAUUUUUUAUUCUUCUGAGAUAUUUUAGACGGACAGUUGCGGAAAAUACGGUAACAUAAUGGACUGGAUCAGGUUAAAAUGCGCGGUCUCGGUAUCCCAUCUUUUCAUUCUUAGCGUAUGAGGGGUUAAUCAGCACGAGUACUUCAUUAAGAGUCAUCACGUAUUCUAUAUCCGGAUGGUAUUUCGCCAGUGAGAUGUAACGUAGGUAGUCAGUAAAUUGGCUUGGGACAACUGUCGCGCGAGUAUUUUCUUCUUUUUAUUUCUCUACCUACGUACCUAGGUAACGUUUGACCGAAAGCGCUGCUAAUCUUCAGUUACUAUGCUCGAAUGGCGUUCAAAUCUCGAGCUACAGGAUUAGGAAGAGCUGUUGUUGCCUUUGUCUCGGCCCUUUAUCGCUGAAGUAAAGCUGAGGCCAGUGACUGAGACUUAGGUAAUUAGAGACGCGUGUUGAUGAAAUCGCCCAAAAUCAUGAUUUGGAUUU